AUGGGUCUUGGCUUCCGACGUAUGGAGCGCGUGUUAGGCAUGGGUGUGGGGCCGUGGGCCGUUGGCGCGGUUGGGCUGCUGAUACUGUUGCGGAUGAUCCAGAGGCAGAGAACUACAUACAGUGUACAGGACAAAGUGGUGGUUAUCACUGGAGCCAGCUCAGGACUGGGCAAAGAAUGCGCUCGUGUUUUUCAUGCAGCGGGGGCGAGGCUCAUCCUGUGUGGCAGAGAUCAGGUGAGGCUGCAGGAGCUGGUUCAGGAACUUGGAGAGACAACAGAUGGAAAAAGACAGACGCACACUCCCUGCACAGUCACCUUUGACCUGUCGAAGGCGGAGACGGUUGCUAAGGCGGGAGAGGAGAUUCUCAAGUGCCACGGCCAUGUGGACGUCCUCAUAAACAACGCAGGUGUUAGUUACCGUGGCAACAUCCUCGACACACACAUCUCCGUGCAGAGAGAUGUUAUGGAGACAAACUACUUUGGCCCUGUGGCUCUAACCCAAGCCAUUCUGCCGUCCAUGGUGGCGAAGCGGAGUGGACACAUUGUUGUCAUCAGCAGUGUUCAGGGAAAGAUCUCCAUCCCAUACAGAUCUGCCUACUCAGCGUCGAAACAUGCAACGCAGGCGUACUUCGAUUGCCUGAGGGCGGAGGUGGAGCGGUUCGGCCUUCACGUGUCCGUCAUCAGCCCUGGAUACAUCAGAACCAACCUGUCACUCAACGCCGUGACCGGCGACGGCUCCAAACACGGCGUGAUGGAUAAGACCACCGCGGCGGGGAGUGACCCGGCGGACGUGGCCAGAGCGGUUCUGCGUGCUGUCGGGCAGAGACAGAAGGACGUUCUGCUGACUGGGGCAGUGCCCACGCUGGCCGUCUACAUCCGCACACUCUGGCCAGCGCUCUUCUUCAGACUCAUGGCCUCCCGUGCCCGAAAAGAACUCCGCGCCAAAGAGGAGUAAGAGAGAGAUGAAGAGAAAGGCUGAGGAUAGAGGUGGAAAUGAAAAAUAUAAAAGUAUAAAAUGUCCAUUUGAAGAAUAACUGGGUUUCAAUAUCCGUUUAGUUUUGCUCUGUCCAAAUAUUACAUGUUUUUUUUUUUUUGAAGGGAAGAAAUUGUUUCAUUG